GUGAUGAUGACGUUAGCCUGAAUUUGGUGCGACACCAGGAAGUGAGGAAGACGAAGGAAGACCGAAACCUGAAAAGGACGACGUUUUUUUAUCGACAAAUCCCGCUGUAUUUGAUUGUUUUCGUGGACGUGACCAGCGAAACCACCCAGGGAAUGCCCGGCAUGGAAAAGCAUCUUUUCAAUCUCAAGUUUGCUGCCAAAGAACUUCAAAGAAACUCCAAGAAAUGCGACAAAGAUGAGAAAGCAGAGAAGGCAAAAGUCAAGAAAGCCAUCCAGAAGGGCAACAUAGAUGUGGCGAGGAUCCAUGCAGAGAAUGCCAUCAGACAGAAGAACCAGUCAGUGACCUACUUGAGGAUGAGUGCUCGAGUGGAUGCGGUGGCUGCAAGAGUCCAAACUGCUGUCACAAUGAACCAGGUGACAAAAUCUAUGGCUGGAGUGGUGAAAGGCAUGGAUGUUACUCUGAAGUCCAUGAAUCUGGAGAAGAUUUCAGCUCUCAUGGACAAGUUUGAGCACCAGUUUGAGACACUGGAUGUCCAGACAGCCCAGAUGGAAGACACAAUGAGCAGCUCGACAACGCUGACCACUCCACAAAACCAAGUGGAGUCGUUGCUGCAUGAGUUGGCCGAUGAAGCAGGGUUGGACUUGAACAUGGAGCUCCCUCAGGGACAGACUGGAUCAGUGGGUACCAGCGUGGCCUCAGCAGAACAGGAUGAACUGUCUCAAAGGUUGGCCAAACUCAGAGAUCAAAUGUAAAGGACGAGUGGAGUGGAACGACACCGUACUACACAGCCCGGACAUGCUCACACACCACAAAAAUGAUUACUUCCACAAAAUAUCCUUUCUCUUCUUUACAACUGAUGAUGAGAAUCUAUUGGAUUAUUGGUAAAGCUCUCUGCUGAUAAUGGCUCUUAAUGGUUUUGUAUUUAUAACAAAAAUGUGUAAAAUGUUCAUAUGUGAUAUUACUAUAAAACACAUACACUGAGCAACUUGCAUACAUUUAAAAUAGUGUGGUAUUUAAUACCAUAUCUAUAGGCCAUUGCCUUAUAACUGGUGAAGAAGCUUUGGUGUGGGAAGGUAUUUUCUUAUUCAUAUUGUACGUUUAUCAUUGCAGAAAACCUUUUCUUCCUAUAUUGGUGUGUACGUUGAAGACCCUAUCCCUUACUGGUGAAUAGACCUCAUGUGUUGAUACGUUGUAUUUACUAAUCAUUUGGAAAGGGGUUACACUUUGAAGAUUGCACACAAUAAAGUUUUAUAAUACUU